CCGCCUCCGCGUAGAGGUCGGUGAAACCACCGGAAGGGCGCUCGACCCGCCAGCGGCGAAUCUUGGUUUCGACGGCCGCGAGCGAGCAGUUUGCGUGCGUCGCGUGCCCAUGCGAAGAGACCAUCUCGCAGCUUAUCGGAAAACCGGAAAGCGUCGGAGGUCGCCCUGCUCGGCCGUCCCGUACUGCCCCGUGAAGCCCCGCCGCCGUCACGGUGCCACAAUUGACGCAACCGCCGACGUCACACCGCGGCGCGGCGCUCGCGUCGGCACGUUGAAAAACCGGCCAUCGUCCGCGGACGGGUCGUCAGAGAGCAGCGCGCCAAUCUCGAAGCAGCCAUGUGCGACUCGAAGGAGGAACACCGGUGCGUUGCCAUUUCGGGCGAGACCGUCAAGUCGGUCUGGAAAAGGGUGAUCGACUAUUUCUCGGCGCGUGGCGGCGACAAAGCAGCGGAUGAAGAACUGCGCACCUACGAUGAGGCGCCCGAGUUCCUACGCCAGAACCCGUUCAUACUGACGGGCUACCGCUGCAACUUGGCACUGCGCCGGUGCGCGCGCUCCGCAUUCGAGUGGAACAACGAGACGCUCAACAUUUGGACGCACCUGUCGGGCUUCUUCGUCAUGCUGGCGCUGUUCGUGCACGACCUCGUCCAGCGGCUGGACGAGGUGUCUCCCUCUGCGGUGGACCGCGCGUUCUGCGUCGCCAUCUGCCUGGCGUACAUGACGACGCUGCUGCUGUCGGUGGUGUACCACACGUUCAACUGCCACUCGGAGCAGUGCUACCAGCGGCUGCUCAAGUGGGACGUUCUCGGCGUGGCGCUCAGCCUCAGCAUGACGUUCCUCUCGGGCGUCCACUUUGCCUUCAGCUGCCGGCCGUGGCUGGAGCUCGCCUACGGCGGUGUCGAGCUGCUGCUUGUCGCGGUCGUGCUUGUGCUCAACUUCGCGCCCCGCUUCGCCGACCGAGCGGAGCUGGACCCCGCGCGGCUGCUGGUGCUCAGUUCGCUGGUCCUCUUCGGCCUGGCGCCCACCGCGCACUGGUUCUCUCUCAACGGCGGCCUCGAGGCGCCAAUCGUCCGCCUGCUCCUUCCACGCAUCGCUGUGCUCUUCGGCCUCAUCGGCAUGGCGUUCGCCGUGUACCGCUUCCGACUCCCCGAGUGCCUGUGGCCCGGCCGCGUCGACUACGUCUUCUCGAGCCACCAGAUUUGGCACGUCAUUGUGUUCCUGUCGCUAGUCUGGUGGCACGAGACUGGAUUCGUCUAUUUCCACUUUAUGCGCAGCGGACAGCAGUGCGGCGUGCCCACGUAGUGUUCUUUCGUGUGCGAGGCGUGUGCAGCAGUGUUGUCCCAUGCGGGCGCCCAGCACACACACAUACACAAACAUCGCCCGAGCUGUAGAACGCUUUCCCAUAAUUCUGAUUUCUGCUUGGGCUGUGUGUUUCGCGAAACAUUUGCGCAUACUCAUCCAGAGUAUGGGCCCAAUGUUUGUGUGCUCGUAGCGAGUGGACAGAUACAACUUACGUUGGAACUUUCACGAGACGGACGCUCUCGCACGACUUCAUGCGCGCAUGAUGUGUCGUAUACUGUCCUUUUUUUUUUUUCGAUCACCUGCACAUGUCAUCAAAGUGCAGUGACCUGAGUGGCAAUGCGAGCGCCAGCCACGUCACGCAUACUUUCAAACUUUGCACAUCAUGGGACUUCUUCUCCGAAGGCCGUUCAUCCCUU